GUGUAGAGGGAUUAACAUGGCGUCUAUGGUUGCUGUGUUGAUCGGGGCCGUGGAUGAGAAAAACAAUAUACUGAACAGGAACAUAAAUACGGUCUAGGUCCAUUUUCAGCUAAAAACCUGCAUAUUACAGUUUUCGUUGGACUAGCUGCCUCACUAGACCCUGAUCAUCCUCAAUACAGAGUAGCAGUUAGAGUGGGAGAGGACAGGAUCGAGGCAUGGAGGAAUCAAAAAGCCCAUUCAAAUCAGUCAAGCCCUCUCGCAACGAGGCCAAGGGAGCCAAAGCUUCAUCCUCUGCCAGCUCCAGGCCCCUGAAAGAGGCUCCAGCCCAGAGAGAGUGCCCCAAGCCUGCCACUGCCUGUCGGAGCAAGGAGAACAUCACCACAGCCAGGGAAGACCAUAAGGACCAAGGCAGAGCCUCCACUGCCAGCCCUCAGGGCCCAGGGAGAGGGAAGCCUCGUAGGCCAACUGGUAGGACCAACUCUGGGGAGAGGGGGAAGGUGAGACUUGAAGGCCAGCGGCAGCAGAGGGGUGAUGCUAGGCCCUCGUUGGUUACAGGACGCAGCCCGGCUGGUGUAGGUGGAGACAGAGACACAGGAGCCACAGGUAUGGUGGCCACUUCAUCUGAAGAAGGCCUUACUUUACAGACCAAGACAAGUCCAUUGAAGGAGAAGUCACCGGGUGAGAAGGCUGGUGCUGUGGUGGGCACAGGGCAGCCUGCAUUGGAGGUCAACGAGCGUUGUCAGGGUAGAAACAUGACCUCUGAGCAGAAGCUGGGUCUCAGACAGGCUGAGGAGCGCCUCUACAGAGACUACAUACACAGACUGGUCAAGCCGUCUCCUGAAUACCCUAACUUCCAGUAUCUAUGCAAGCUGUGUUCUGUACACAUUGAGAACAUACAGGGGGCACACAAACACAUCAAGGAGAAAAGACACAAGAAGAACAUCAUGGAUAAGCAGGAAGAGAAUGAGCUGCGGGCGCUGCCUGCCCCCUUCCCAGCCCAGCUCGGAGCCGUUGACGCAGCCGUCCUCCGAGCGGCCAACCAACACGGCAUCUCAGACCAGGACUUCCUGGUGCGACAGGAAGUGGUCGACAGGAUGGAGGAGAUCAUCCAGCAGCACCUCUCAGUUUGCUCCCUUCGGCUCUACGGCUCCUGUCUCACCCGAUUUGCCUUCAAGACAAGUGACAUUAACAUUGACGUCACCUACCCCUCCACUAUGACCCAACCAGAUGUGCUGAUACUAGUACUGGAAAUCCUGAAGAACAGCACUGAAUAUUCUGAGGUGGAGUCUGACUUUCACGCCAAAGUUCCGGUAGUGUUUUGCAGAGAUGUCAACAGUAGGUUGUUGUGCACGGUGAGUGCAGGUAAUGACGUAGCCUGCCUCACUACCAACCACCUGGCUGCCCUGGCUAGACUGGAACCCAGACUGGUGCCUCUGGUCCUGGCCUUCCGCCUCUGGGCUAAGUUGUGCCACAUUGACUGCCAGGCGGAAGGGGGUAUCCCCUCCUACUCCUUCUCUCUCAUGGUCAUCUUCUUCCUCCAACAACGCAGGGAGCCCAUCCUCCCUGUCUACUUCGGCUACUGGAUUGAAGGCUUUGACGUGAAGCAUGUGGACGAGUAUCAUCUGACGGGGAUAGAGAUGGAUAUAUUUGUGGGGUGGGAGCACAGAUCCCCCAGUACAGAGGGACGGAGGGAUGGCAGGGGGGAAGGACGGAAGGCCAAGUCUGAGCAAAAGAAACCUGAUGUGAAGAACCGGCAUGUAGCGGGGAAGACGCGUCUAUCCUUGGACCUGGGUAAGGGUGUUUCCCUGGGCCAGCUGUGGCUAGAGCUGCUGAGGUUCUACACGCUGGAGUUUGCCCUGGAGGAACACAUCAUCAGCAUCCGCCUCAAAGAACUUCUCUCUCGAGACAUGAAGAACUGGCCCCGACGCAGGCUGGCAAUCGAGGAUCCGUUUGCCCUGAAGAGGAACGUCGCACGCAGCCUCAACAGUCAAAUGGUCUUUGAGUACAUCCAGGAGCGCUUCCGCACCGCCUACAAAUACUUUGCCUGCCCGCAGAGCAAGGACCGAAACACCGUGGAGCAGCAGAGAGGCAAGAAUAUAACCAAACAUGGGGGCAUGAAGCAGGAGGAAGGCGAGAGAAAGGGUGAAGAUGGGUCUGAGAAGAGUGGAGGUGGACAGGGCGAUGGGAAUGAAGGGAAAAGUCAGAGCUCUGAGACAGGUCAGAAGGAGGAUGGUGAGAGUGAUGAAGAGGAACGGGCUGAGCGGACUCAGGAGAAGGAGGAGAGGGCAUUGAAUGGCGGGCUUAUGGACUUGGUCCUUAGUGGGGGGGGGACUUCUACGGAUGGGGCUGUAGCGGAGCCUGGCACCACUCUGGAGCCUUCUUCCGCCUCAACCCAUAACGGCCUACUGGAUAGGGAUGAAGAGGAGGAGAACCAUGUGUCAGAGAAGCAGGGACACAUUGCACCAGAAGAUCUGCACUAUAUCUUUGACAGAAUGAUCUUCACUGGCGGAAAGCCUCCUACAGUCGUGUGCAGCACAUGUAAGAGAGAUGGCCAUCUGAAGGACGAGUGUCCUGAGGACUUCAAGAAGAUCGAGCUCAAACCGCUGCCCCCCAUGACCGACCGCUUCAGAGACAUCCUGGAUGGUCUUUGUCGACUCUGCUACCAUGAGCUGUCCCCUUCCCCUGGAGAGCAGCAGAAGAGAGAGCAGAUCCUGGGUAGUCUGGAGAGGUUCAUACAAAAGGAGUACAAUGACAAUGCCCAGCUGUGUUUGUUUGGCUCCUCCAAGAACGGCUUUGGUUUCCGUGACAGCGACCUGGACAUCUGUAUGACCCUGGAGGGCCAUGAUACAGCAGAGAAGUUGAACUGCAAAGAGAUCAUCGAAGGCCUAGCCAAGGUGCUAAAGAAACACACAGGUCUGAGGAACAUCCUGCCUAUCACAACAGCCAAAGUGCCUAUUGUGAAGUUUGAACACAGACAGAGCGGACUGGAGGCAGACAUAAGCCUCUAUAACACUCUGGCUCAACACAACACCAGAAUGCUGGCUACCUACGCUGCCCUGGACCCUCGCGUGCAGUUCCUGGGAUACACCAUGAAGGUGUUUGCGAAGCGCUGUGACAUAGGUGACGCGUCCAGAGGAAGUCUGUCAUCCUAUGCCUACAUCCUCAUGGUGCUCUACUUCCUGCAGCAGAGACAGCCCCCUGUCAUCCCUGUUCUCCAAGAGGUCUUUGAUGGACAUUCUGUACCACAGAGGAUGGUGGAUGGUUGGAAUGCCUUCUUCUUUGAUGACAUUGAGGAACUGCGUCAGCGUCUGCCAGAGCUUCCGCAGAACCGUGAGACUGUGGGGGAGCUGUGGCUGGGCCUGCUCAGGUUCUACACUGAAGAGUUUGACUUUAAGGAGCUCGUCAUCAGCAUCCGCCAGAGGAAACGUCUCACCACCUUCGAGAAGCAGUGGACCUCCAAGUGCAUCGCCAUCGAAGAUCCCUUCGACUUGAAUCACAAUCUUGGUGCUGGAGUUUCUCGCAAAAUGACUAACUUCAUCAUGAAGGCCUUUAUCAACGGCAGGAAGCUGUUUGGUACUCCUUUCUACCCCCAGCCUGGCAUAGAGGCGAACUACUUCUUUGACUCCAAGGUGCUCACGGACGGGGAACUUGCACCUAAUGACAGGUGCUGUCGGAUCUGUGGCAAGAUCGGUCAUUACAUGAAGGACUGCCCCAAAAGACGCAGGUACACAGGGAGAGAACAUCAGGGGAUGAAGAAGAAGGAGAACGAAAAAGAGGAGGAUGUCAAGGAUGGAGACGAUCAUGAGCCACGGGAGCGUCGCUGUUUCCAGUGUGGUGAAAUUGGUCAUGUACGGCGGGACUGCCCAGAGCACCGCCACCUUAGACAGAAAGCCGCAGGGGGACCAGUUUCCCACAUAGUGCGAGCCAUGGUAAGCUCCCAGUCCAUCCCCAUCCCCCAACCUCCCCAGGACCUCCCUGGACGCACCAGACAACCUUCCGAAUGUUCUGAUUCCCGCCAGACUCCGCCCUAUUCCCCUCAGCCCACCCUGUUCUCCCAGGGUUCGAGCCAAUCCUCCAGCUCCCCCCAGCCCUCCUCUUCCAAGACCUCCACCUCCGCUGGAGGGGUACCCCACAAGCAGCCCCAGGUUCCCCUCUCUCUCUUUAGCUUCCCUCCCUCCCACCCAAGCCAGUACCACCACCCUGGAGCUCUCACUGCUCUGGGGGUACUGCCGUCCCACCACAACCAGCACCAAUCACACCUGUCCCAGGGACACCAGGCCCAUCACCAACCUCACCACCCCUCCACCUCCUGGCCCAUCCAUGGCCCCGUCCUCCAGACCUCCAGUGGCCCUGAAGGGCCCUCCCCGCCUGGCCUGAAAUUCCCCUUACGCCAGGCCCCUGGGCAAGGGAAUGGGAACACCGGCCCAGGGGGGUCUCCGGUGGGUGGCAGCCCCAUGAACCUCAAUGACCCCAGCAUCAUCUUCGCCCAGCCGGCGGGGAGGCCCAUGGGGUUGGGAGGAGGGCCGGGACUGGAUGGGCACUGGCACAACCACCUGGCACAGCAAGGGUCACUGGUGGCUAAUGGCACUGUGGGCAAGUCAGAUCCGGGCUACCAGACCCAGUUUGGGGGGGUGAGUCAGCAGGGCUCUAGGAAUUGGGAGCACAGCAACGCAGCCCACUACUCCCAGUCCCCGUCCUGGCCCUACCGCAUGCCACAGAAAUUCAUCCAGCAGGGCAACGGGUGCUACCCACAACCCGGCAAGCCCGUCAUGUCCCAAAGUUCUGUGGUGCACCCCAGUCAGCAUUUCCCGCUCCUCCCCCAAGGACGACGACAUGUCAACCUCAAUUACAUCCAACAGAAGAAAUGAACUUUGAAUUCUAAACUGUGCUCACAUAGCAUAUUCAUUGAAUUAGGUUUUAUGGUCCUUCACCAUGACAAAACAAAAACGAUAUAAUCGAACAUUUACAUAAUUUGGUCACACUACUUUUUAAAUGAAUUUGAUCAUUUUUGUACAUUUUUAACAUUUUUCCUUUGGUCUCCUUACAUUGAUUUGUGAUACAAAUGUCAUAUUUUAAUACCCCCAUUUUUGAAGGGGUCCAAAAAGUGUUUAUUUUAUUGUGUAAAGGAAGUAGGUAAAAAUAUUAGCUGUACUCAUACUUUGCUUGCUUAAGGAUAAAAGCUUUGAAUUGAUAUUUGUCAAAUAUAUAUAUAUCAUGCCCACCCCUAUCAGAUAGUUACAGUGCCUUUAGAAAGUAUUCAUACACCCUGACUUAUUCCACAUUUUGUUGUGACAGCCUGAAUUGAAAAUGGAUUCAAUUGUUACAAUUCACAUUCACGACAAAGUGAAAACAUGUUUGUAGAAAUAUUUUGCACAUUUUAUAGGAAAUGAAAUGCAUGCGUGGAAUUUACAUAAGUAUUCACACCCCUGACUCAAUACUUUGUAGAAGCACCUUUGGCAGUGAUGACAGCUUAGUCUUUCUGGGUAUGUCUAAUCCACACCUGGAUUGUGUAACAUUUGCCCAUUGUUGUUAAAAAAAAUCCUCAAUCUCUGUCAAAUUGGUUGUUGAUCACUGCUAGACAACCAUUUUCAGGUCUUGCCAUAGAUUUAUGGCAAAACUGUAACUCGGCCACUCGAACAUUCACUGUCGUCUUGGUAAGCAACUCCAGUAUAGAUUUGGCCUUGUGUUUUUAGAUUACUGUCCUGCUGAAAGGUGAAUUCAUCUCCCAGUGUCUGGUGGAAAGCAGACUGAACUAGGUUUUCCGCUAUAGGAUUUUUCCUCUGCUUAGUCAUCAACAUUAAGAAACAGAACGGAACUAUCUGAAACUCCCCAGUCCUUAACGAUUACAAGCAUACCCAUAACGCAAUGCUGCUACCACUAUACUUGAAAAUUUGGAGAGUGGUACUCAGUAAUGUAUUGGAUUUGCCCCAAACAUAACACUUUUUUUCAGGACUUUGUUGCAAACAGGAUGCAACAGUUUCAGAAUAAUUUAAUUUUGUACAGGCUUCCUUCUUUACAUUCUGUCAAUUUAGGUUAGUAUUGUGGAGUAACUACAAUGUUGUUGAUCUAUCCUCAGUUUUCUCCUACCACAUCCAUUAAAUUCUGAAAUUCUGUUUUGAAAUUCUGUUUUAAAGUCACCAUUGGCUUCAUGUUGAAAUCCCUGAGCGGUUUCCUUCCUCUUCGGAGUUAGGAAAGACGCCUGUAUUUUUGUAGUGACUGGGUGUAUUAAUACACCAUCUAAAGUAUAAUUAAUAACGUUGCCAUGCUCAAAGGGAUAUUCAAUGUCUGUUUUUUUUAUUAGUUUUACCCAUCUACCAAUAGGUGCCCUUCUUUGCGAGGCGUUGGUAAACCUUCCUGGUCUUUGUUUGAAAUUCACUGCUCGACUGAGCCAAUUAUCUGUAAGGUAUGUGUGGGGUACAGAGAUGAGGUAGUCAUUCAAAAAUCAUGUUAAACACUAUUGCCCACCUAGUGAAUCCAUGCAAUUUAUAAUGUGAAUUAUGUGAAUAUUUCAGCUUUUCAUUUUUUAUUAAUUAAACAUUUCUACAAACAUAAUUCCACUUUGGAAUUAUGGGGUAUUGUGUGUGUGUGUAGGCCAGUGACCCAAAAAAAUCUCAAUUUUAAAUGUAGGUUGUAACAACAAAAUGUGGAAAAAGUCUAGGGGUGUGAAUUAUUAAGGCACAAUUAAGGCACUGUAUGUUGUGCCAAAAAUACCUAUAGUAAGUGUCAACAUUUUAAAAUGAAUAACAAAGUCCCCCAAAAAUACUUUAAACACUUUGUUUUUGGUGACUAUUUGUUGACUGCAGACAAUUUUGGCCAGUUUCCCCAGACAGAUUAAACUUAAUCCAGGCUGUAUCUCAAACGGCCGUGAUUGUGCGCACAAUUGGCCCAGCGUCGUCUGGGUUUGGCCGGUGUAGGCCGUCAUUGUAAAUAAGAAUUAGUUCUUAACUGAUUUGCCUAGUUAAAUAAAGGUCAAAUCGUUUAAAAAAAAUCCUGGACUAAAAUGUUUAAUAGAGAUUCUUAAUCUGUCCUGGAAAACACUGCCUUGUUUUUUUGUUUUUUAAAAUAGCCGAUUGGGACAGCAAAUUGUUGUCGCUCUACGUACAAUGCAGUACAGUAUGUUUUUCACGAUCAUCUUCGGUAAUGAUUUACAUAACUGCAGCUGCUAUACUAGAACAUGGAUUUAAUCAGCAGGACACUGGUAUUGGCAUGUAUUGCAUACAAUGUCACUGUAGUAUUAUUGAUUCAUACAUUUGUUGAUUCUAAAGUUACAGAUUUCAGUUAUUACAUAAUGGUAGUGGUUGUCACCCAAGUGAACAUUUUCCUAGAAAUGCCUCUGAGGAAUGUUUUUCUCUCAAAUGUAUACAGUCUGGUAGAACUUUUCCUGUUAGUCUCAGGUAAACCAGAACAGUAGGGGACAGAGGUAGGAAAGGAAGGAUGCAAGUAAGAAUGUAUGCUUAUGAAUAGGUGGACUGAAUAAGUGCUCAUGAUAACUACUAAAAGCUAGUUAUUGCAAUUUCAAAACUAUACUACACACAGGCAUGAAGGUUGUAAGGCUGGAGUGUGGGCCCAACCUUGCUGUUUGGUCUGGUCUUCUAUGAGGUGUACAGGUAGGCAACCUCUCCACUGGCCGGUCCCUACACCCUGGCUUCUGGUGGGGAACAUGCCCCAGCUACUGAACAAACCUGCACCAACUUUUGCUGAGGCAGUGGUGUGAAGUAACUAAGUAAAAAUGCUUUGAAGUACUACUUUAGUAGUUUUUGGGGGUAUCUGUACUUUACUAUUUGUAUUUUUAACAACUUGUUCUACUACAUUCGUAAAGAAAACAGACUUUUUACCCCCAUUUUCCCCGACACACAAAAGCUAAUGCUUUGGAAGGACAGCAAAAUUGUCCAAUUCACACACCGUGUCAAUAUAAUGAGAUGUCAUGCCUCUGAUCUGGUGGACUCACUAAACACAAAUACUGUUUGUACAUGAUGUCUGAAUAAUGGAGUAUGCCCUGGCUGUCUGUAAAUAAAUACAAUUUUAAAAAUGG